AGGUCGCUGUGUUCGUCGACCUUUCUUUGACUUUGUCGAGUCGAGGCAUAACAACGAUCAAAGAUACUCGAAGGUAGCGGACAGUUUUAUUGGUUUUACGCGGCACGUUACACAAAGUGCGUUCAAGUCCGAUAACGGUAUUAAUAUAUCACCAUUUAUACGUCAAAUUAUAUCGAGAUCGAUACAUUCAACAUCCAGAACCAUGGCGCUAAACAAGCUUAGCAUUGAUAAAGUGGACCUUACGGACAAACGUGUUCUCAUACGAGUGGAUUUCAAUGUGCCGUUGAAGGAAGGAAAAAUUACGAACAAUCAGAGAAUCGUCGCUGCUUUGGACACGGUCAAGUAUGCUCUCGAGAAAAAGGCAAAGUCUGUUGUUUUAAUGUCACAUUUGGGCCGUCCUGAUGGAAACCCUAACACGAAAUAUACUCUAAAACCAGUUGCCGAUGAGCUAAAGUCUUUACUUGGAAAGGAGAUUUUAUUUUUGAGCGACUGUGUUGGACCAGAAGUUGAAGCUGCCUGUGCCAAUCCAGCACCGGGAACUAUCAUUUUACUUGAAAACUUAAGAUUCCACAUUGAGGAAGAGGGUAAGGGUGUAGGAGCAGAUGGAAGUAAGGUAAAAGCAGAUAAAGACAAAGUGGCAGCAUUUAGGGCAUCCCUCAGGAAAUUGGGCGAUGUUUAUAUCAAUGAUGCCUUUGGCACGGCUCAUCGUGCUCACAGUUCCAUGCUUGGCGAAGGUUUUGACACGAGAGCUAGCGGUUUCCUCUUGAAAAAAGAAUUGGAAUAUUUUGCCAAAGCUUUGGACAAUCCAACAAGACCUUUCCUGGCAAUAUUAGGAGGUGCCAAGGUCGCGGAUAAAAUACAAUUGAUUAAUAAUCUGCUAGAUAAGGUUAACGAAAUGAUCAUAGGUGGUGGAAUGGCCUACACAUUUUUAAAAGUAUCAAAAAAUAUGAAGAUCGGUAAUUCGUUAUUUGACGAAGAGGGUGCAAAAAUCGUAAAUGAUUUAUUGGCCAAAGCUGAAAAGAAUAAAGUACAGAUACACUUACCGGUCGAUUUCGUUACCGCGGAUAAGUUUGCGGAAAAUGCGGCUGUUGGCUCGGCGGAUGUAGAGAGUGGUAUCCCUGAUGGCUGGAUGGGUCUUGAUGUAGGACCAAAGUCAAGAGAAUUGUUUAGCGAACCUAUUAAGAGAGCCAAAACAAUCGUGUGGAAUGGUCCUGCUGGAGUUUUCGAAUUCGAAAACUUCAGUAAGGGUACGAAAGGUCUGAUGGAUAAUGUCGUUGAAGCGACAUCAAAAGGUAGUAUUACUAUAAUUGGAGGUGGGGACACUGCCACUUGUGCUGCUAAGUGGAAAACGGAAGAUAAAGUAAGUCAUGUAAGCACUGGCGGUGGUGCAAGUUUAGAACUUCUCGAAGGAAAGGUUUUGCCGGGAGUUGCAGCUCUUUCCCCCGCGUAAAUUUCAAUCCAAUUAGUGCUAUUUACGAUAUUUAUAGGCCUUAGUUAACAUCGGUGUUCAAUGAAACAAAGUGUUUCAUUCUUGUUCCUUCGAUAACAAGAGUAUUAUUGUUUCAAUUUACGUUCGUGUAAAAAUAUCUCCAUUCGAAGUGACUUUCGUUGGAAACCUAGAUGGAAAUUUUCUGUAUAUUUAUGAGAAAAUGUAUCUAUUCCUAUUGAAAUGAUGAUCGGUAUUAAGUACGAUGUUUCGGUAUCCUAAGAUACUCAGAAAGAAAAAAAACAUUAUAUGUAAAAUUAUUGCAAAAAUAUCGUUUAAAGCAGACAAAUGUAUUAAUAUGUAAUAAAUGUAAAACAUUCACGUACGUACAUACUUCCGUAUGCACGCGUGUAUGCAUUCCUGUCUGGACA